GAGUAGCCCAUGGCGGGCAGCGACGUGGCGUGUGAGGGGCCCAUGCGGAGGGGAGGCGCGACCCGGAGACCCGGGGCUCCCGGCGAGCUGCGCAGCCAGGCAGCGGCCAGCAGCUCCGAGCCGCUGUCCGCUGCUGAAGCUCCGGCCGAGCGCGGCGCGCUGCCCGCCUGGAUGCGCCUGUACUUCUACGGGAUGCACGGCAUCACCCUGGACGUGCUGGUGUCCUCCGCCAGGCGCUUCGCCCGCAGCCUGGACCUGCGGAUGCUGGGCUUCUCAUCGCCCUACCGCUGCCUCCUGCACUCGCUCACCCACUUCGCCCUGGAGCAGCUCUAUCUGCAGCGGCCGCGCUGCCCCAGCGCCUUCCUCUUCAAUUUCCUUCUCUACCCCUGGGCGCACGUGGGGCUGCAGACCCUGGCGGGCCAGGCGAUGCUGCUCAGCCUAGGCGGCGGGCCGGGGGGCGCGGCGGCGCCGGGGGCGCUCGACCUGGCGCUGCAGUACGUACUGGCGCUCUACCACGGCCAAGUGUUCCUGAAGCGCUUCCUGCGUUUGCGGUACCCGCGGCAGCGCCAGCAGCAAACCAGGGACACGCUACCGGCAGCCCCGGACGCCCGAGUCCUUUUGGAGGCUGAUGGCCGGCGACAAGGACCCCGCGGCUCCAAGGGCGCAGAAGGAGCCCCUAGCCAAGGACUGCCAGACUUCCUCCGCUUCCUUUUCUUCGGAAUGCACGGCUUUCUGGAUGAGAUCUUCUUCACCUUCUUCUUCAAUGUGCUGGGGCAGGGGGACGGGGCCAGCGGUGGACACACAUCGCUCUGGUCCUUCUUCAUGUAUGGCAGUUGUAGUUUUGUUGUGGAGAAACUCUACUUCCAUCUUCACUACAGCCGUGGCUGGGGCACCUGGAAGCGGGUGCCCAUCUAUGUGAUCUUUAUCUAUGCCUGGGAGUUGUCCUGGGGUCUGGGACUUCGCAUGUGUGGGGCCUGUUCCUGGGACUAUUCUCACUAUCCACUCAAUUUCAUGGGCCUCAUCACUCUGAUGUAUUUACCUGGUUGGCUGUUCCUUAGUGUGUACCAGGACCUACUGUCCAACGUGUUGUGGCGGGUGCAGUAUGUCCCAACAAACUAAGAUUGGGGGAAAAGAAGAAGAAAAGAAAGGAAGAAAGGGACAUGAUGCAAUUUAUUUUUACACAUUUAAAACGAGGUGGUUUUCAGUCUUUUAAUUUUUAUACACUUUACUAAACUCUUCCAACUUGUUUUACUUGACGCUUUAGUUUUCCAGAGUGCUUGGAAUCGAUAUGUAAAGUUCAAUACAUUGAAGUGUUACUCAAAACUAACUCAAAAUAUUUAACUCAUCAAUAAUUUAAACCUUUUCGAGGUCAAACAGCUAAACCACUCUACCUGAACAUCAGAAAUCGGUAAUAUUCACUGGACCUCAAAGAGUGAUAAGUACUUACUUUUCUGUUCUUCAAUGCAAGUUUUCAGAUCAGAGAACAAUGGUUUUUACAAGUUCCUGAUUUAAUGAGCUGUUUGCUUUCUUUUUAAUUAUUGCAAUUUCAUUUGACUUUCUUGCCAUGUUUACCAAUGGCCGCUGAAACUCCAUGUCUCGUAUAUACUUCAGAAACUUCAAUCCACAGCUCUUAAAGUGCCUCUGUCUAGUAUACAAGUGAGAGGAAGCUGGCAAGUGUGAAAAUAUCCCGUGAACACAUCUUGACGCGAGACGUCCUUUCUGUCAACUCCAACAGGUGACACUGUGUUAAGACAUUUGGUCACCAUCUUGGAAAUGAUUGCUUUCCAGUGUUGGCUAGCCUUAAACACUACUGUGUUAACGUUAAUCGGAACAUGUGUUAUCUAAACUUUUGUAACUGUGUGCGCAAUAACCUAAAUGUUUACCCUCUAUGUCCCAGGGCCAAGUGGAAUUCUACCACCUUCAAUGGGGUCCUAACACUAAGUACCGUUUUUCUACACAGAGCCUCAAAUAUAGAAACAGUACCGUGGAAUAAAAUGAAUCUCAAUUCUCCCUCUAAUGUCAUUAGGCCUAAUUAUUUUUUCUAUUUGCUGAUGUGUUUUCACCCUAUCUCUCACAGUUCUCCCUUUUUUUUCCCCUUUCAGGCCCAGAAUUUGGGGUCAGGCCCGAUAUGGUAACGCACCUUAUAAAUGCAUGAUAGCUUUUUGACAGCUUAUGAUUAAUUAAUGCCUAAAAGCUCCACAGUUAAAUGAGAUGAUGGAAGCCAUUCUAAGAAAUUAUAUCUAAUUGAUUAAUAAUGCACUCUGAGGGUGUUUGCUGUUUUAUUGUACUUAGGAGAGUGAGGAGAAUGGAGUGUGGCUCAGCCAAGGGUGACUAAUAACCUCUCAGCUUUCAGUACAAAGAUAAUUAGGAAAACUUAGAAUGUGUACUAAUGAGUUUGAAUUGUCCAAUUGCCUGUGCUGUAAAAAGGGAUGUUUUCUAUUUAAAAAAAAAAAAAAAAAAAAAAGUUUGCUAGGAGAACUGAAGAGAAUGUGUAUUUAGAUUUGACAUCAGACACAGUUCUAACAGUGCUAUAUUAAUCCAUCCUCUGAGGUUAUAAGCUAAAUUAUAAGUAAUGUCAUAUAGUCAACCCCACCUGUAAAGUAGAUGAGGACAAACUAAUUAUUCUCAUCACUCAAAGCUUAAAAGUCAGCUCAAUGUUUGCCACAGGUUUCUCUUAAAUUCUUUAUGACACUGUAAUGGGUCAAAGAUUUCUGAAAAUGCUGAAGGGGAAAAUAUGGAAGUAGACACCACAGAGUUAGAAAGACGCGGGACAAGGGAUUUGAAAUUUAAAUGUGGCACAUGCACAGGAAUCUGAGUUAAGUAUGGCACCACUGAACACCCCACAUUCCUGUGAAUGUGAGUCAGCUCCAUGGCUGUUGAAAUGCUUAGUAACUUGUCCCCACUCACCUCCAGCCUCUGCUUCUCUCAGAGCCACUGAGGAGCCUACUAACCGUCUCCAAGUCAGAAAUCCCCCACUUAGGAACACAUGCCGGUUUUUUUUUCCUUUGAAUACUAUGAUCAUCAAGGGGAUAGAGCAGUUUUUCACUCAUUAGACUUACUCAAGAAAUAGUUACCCAGCCUCCAGUAAUCAGUAGGCACUUCCUACGAUUGUGUAUACACGGUAAUGAACCAAUAGACAGAUCUCUAUCCUUAUAAAGCUGGAAAUUGACUGUUUGGAUGUUGUGAAAUUAUACUCCUUUUUUUGUUUGCUUAGUUUUUUCUUUUGUUUUUUUCAAGACCGUUGUUUCAGUAAUAAGUAGUGAGCAGCAGGAGCUAGAAUCUCAUCAGUCCUAUCCCUGAAACAUAGCAAUCCAUCGUUCCUAAAAUAAUAUCCAAACUAACAGUCCCCAUGCUAGUUCUCCAAAUUGCUAGCUGUGUGUAUAUACAGGAAGUGAUCAGCCUGGCUGGUAACUCAGUGUAUUGUCUUAGGGCUUCUCAUUUUGCGUUUGCUCCACCUCUUAAAGGAGGCAUUUUGCUGUGAUCUUUGACCCUUCAGGAUAAGAGAACCAUCAAAUCAUUGUUACUAUUAGUAGUUUAGAGGCAGAAAUGCUAAGUCAGUAUGAUAGUUAAUAUUUAAAUAGCAUUUGCUCUCUGAAAAACUUCUCUAAAGUGUGUAUCAUAUAGAUAUCAAAUUAACAACACAUUCUUACAUACUAUGCCUUAAGUGAAUAUGCAUACAGUAUAUAUUUUAAGUACAUACUUAUAUGUGUGUAUAUAUUCACUUAAACUUGCAACAACCCUGCUUUUAUAGAUGAAGGCAAUAAAACUGAAGCCCAAAUGGAUUGAGAAACUACCCGAGCUACACAGCUUUUAAGCGUUUAUAUUUGUUAGUGGAUGCCGGACUCCAGUCAGUUCCCAGCAGCAGCUUGAUUGUGCCUGUCUACUGGCCUCAGUAAUUUGGAUCUUGUCUGGACUGUUCUUCCCUAGAAUGUUAGAGAUGCACAGACAGCUGUUAUUUGCAAAAGACUCCUGUUGCUUUUUUAUUAUGUGGUGCAUAGCAAAUGAAUUAAUAUCAGGAUAUAUAACUGACAAUCAGCCUUCUUUCACUCCAUAGAUAAUGCCUUUAUAUCUAAACAGUGCUCUGAAGGGAAGUUCCUCCUAUAAACCAAAAUAAUUUGCAACAUAAAAAUGUAAGGAUAAUAUGCCGAUGCAAAGUAGGCCAUUAUCACAAGCUAUGAAUAUACAUAAAAUUAAUCACUGCUAUACAUUAAAUAUUGUUCUUAGAGCAGAUAUCAUUGUAAGAACUAAUCAUCCUAAAAGUGAGAAAGUUUAUAGCCAGGUGUGUUGGCACCCAGUUGUAAUGCUAAUACUGAAGAUGCUAAGGCAGAAAGAUUGCAAAUUUGAGAUCAUCCUAGGGCACAUAAUGAUAUCUUGUCUUAAAAAAAAACAAACACUAUUUUUGCAAAGACAUUGAUCCUGAGUUCUACUGAAGAAAAACAUUCUUAAUAGAAAAACAUAAAAGUAGCAGGUGUGCUUAACAUAUAUAAUGUUGAGAUUUUUUUUAGAAGUUCUUGAAAUUUUAAGUAAAUUCUAUUGAUUUCUGUGAAUCUAAAGAGAAAUAUAAACUCUUGAAUUUUCAUGUUAACAAUGAAUACAGAAGUCCAGAUAUCAAAGAAAAUCUCCAAUAAAGUUGCUAACCUAUUGAGUUAUUUCAAACAUU